AUGUAUGAAAACUUAAGAAAUGUUUUUGAGAUUGAUGAAAGCGGCGACGGAAACGUGGAUAUUGUUAACGUGGAAUUAAGGAGAGCAUUGACACUGACUGCAGCUGAUCUCCGCUUUAUUGAUUUCAUCUUGAAAGAAGUGGAAGCCAACGCAAAAUCUCCAAGUUGGGAAGGAAGUGACGAUUGGGUGCGGCUUCAAACGAGGGCUUAUCUGUUGUCUCUGAUUGCUACCGUCAGCGCUGAUUUGAAGGACACUCUGAAUGAUUUCAACGAUGCUUUUGUUGCCGAGUGGAAGAUCAGCAACAACUAUCGUGUGUGGUCCAGUGGCAAUUAUCCAGAUCUAGUAAGCGCCGUGCCGGGGUACAUUUUGCCAGCGUUAACUUUUUUUUUUCUGAUACUUCCCCUGGGAAUAUUUUCUUUUUAA